AUGAGACUCGGAAGACCAAGGCGAAUGCGUUGUGGCCUUCGCUCGGUCACCCGAGGCGACUCCCUUCCGUUUUUGUCCAACUCCUUUCCGUUUUUGUCCAACUCGGUUCCGUUUUUUCUAUCGUUUCUUUCUGCUUGUUUCGCCGUUUUUCUCCAACUCACAGAAGCCUCAAUUGCCUCCCCCUUUGCGCCUUGCCGUGCAUAUCUGUCGGAAUUCGAUUCUUCCACUUUUCCUUUCCCUCGCUGUCCUCCUUGUCUCUCGCACUCUCCUCCAUGCGUCUGGCAAUCGCAUGCGUCAGCACUGCCGCGAGUCUCUUCUUCGUUUCUCUCUUCGGAGUCUGCUUCGUCACGCAUCGACUAUCCUCACCGUUCGUCUCGUUCUCCCUGCCGCCCCUGUUGUCUGCCGUCGCGAGAUAGGCCGAGGCUCUUUCCUUGUCUUCUUCCGGCCUUUCUUUCUUCUGCUUCUCUGUCAAACGCCGCUCGCUCUUGCUUUCCCUUUGCUCCCUCGGGGUCUUCAUUUCCUUCCUUUACGCCGCCCUCGUCCGCUGGCCUCUCUGCCUCCCCUUGUGUCUUCUCGCCUGCUCGUUUCUACUCCUCCUGUAUCGUUUCUUCUUCGCCUGGCUCUUCGUUCCUGUCUGCUUCUUUUUCGCCUCAUCUGUCUUCGUCCUUCGUUUACUCUUCUGUCUCUUCGUCUUCUUCGCUCUCGGCUUCUCUUUCGUCUUCUUCGCCGUCUUCCACUUCGUCCGACGCCUCGCUCGGCGCUCUGCUUCCUCGGGUGCCGCCGCUCUCCUCCCUUCUGGCUCGCAACGGACCAGCGUUGCCUGCAUCUUUCUUUCCAUCUGCUGCUUCGCCUUUUGGAAAUUCUUCACCGAUAUCCUCCGAGGGAGGAAAACGCAAACGCAUCUCGUCCCUCGCAGGUGCUGGCAUCCAGUUCUACGCGAACUUGCUCUCGAAGGAAAUCCGCCUCGCUGUACAGACACUCAAGCGCUUUCCCGAGACCGUCCGUGCCCCGCCCUCGCUCGCGGCCUAUGUUCGGGCAAUCCUGCUGCUCGUGAUGAGCGAGGAGCGGCAGCUGCUCAGCUCGAGGCGAGAGCGCAGGCGAGUGAAGCUCGCCGAGCAGCUUCUGUGCAUGCAGCGGGAGGAGGCGGAGAGGAAGCGAAGAGCGGAGAAAGAGAAGAGACGGAAAACGACGAAGGAGAACCACAGAAGAAAAACGGCAAGGCAUGGCGAAGAAGGGGAGCAGAAGCGAGAGCGAGCUGAGAGGGAACGCUUCCUCGACCAACAGGCGCUUCUCGAAAGGGAGAAGAAGCUCGUCGAUGCGACGCAGAGCCUCCCCAGUGUUGCGCGGGUAUACCGACAGCUGAAGGCGCUGUAUAUGGAUCUUGUGGCGACAGGCAAGCAGCAUGCAGCCCAAGCCAGCAGCUCCCAGAGUGUCGCCGAGGCUCGCGAACGCUACCAGGACGGUCUCCGCAGCUUGCGAGAACUGCUCGUGAUGCAUCGCGAAGCCUUGCUCGACUACCAGCUGCUUUCUUCGUUCUUCAAACGCCAUGCUGAGGAACGCUGCUCUCUCCAGCGCCUGUCUCCGACGAAGCCUCUGGCGAUGAUUGUGGGGGCGCCCAACGUGGGGAAGACUUCUCUGUUUCUUGCCCUCGUUUCCGCAAAUAGUCACGCGCAUGAACAGGCAAGACAGCGAUUCAAUGCCGCCGUCGCUGCUGGCAUGAAGCCGCGGCCUUCUUCCUCCUCCUCUCCUUCUUGUCCUUCUUCUUCUCCUUCCUCUAGUGUUCUUUCUUCCUCGACUGCUGAGUCUGCGCCCGCAGGUGCGCCUGGCGAGGAAGCGACCGACGUUCAGGCCCCCGGACGAGCUCAGCUCGAGCGAGAGGCGAUGGAAGUCGGACGGACACUGGCAUUGCAUGCAUCCGAGGAAGUCCCUUCUCCGGAUUUGAAAGUACAUGCAAAGGAAGCGAUCGACGUCAGUCCCGUCGCUUUCUCCACUCAAGGCCUGCAUGUCGGAAAGAUCUUCGAGAGAGCCAACGGAACCUACAAGGCUUUGGGCCAGGUGCUCGAUGGGCCGCCUUUGCUCUUGCCGGCUGGCGAAACAGAGAGAAACGUCUUCGAGCGUCUGACGCUGACGACUCUUUCUCACCUUCCCUGUGCCGUCUUCUUUCUCUUUGACUGUUCGUCGCUGCCGCGCGCCCCUGCACUCGGCGAAGAAGGCGCAGCUUCGCGAGAGGCAUUUGCUCCCGCUCUCAAGAUCACUCGCGAUGCGGAUGCGGAGAAACAGGGAAAACCACUGGAGGCGAGGACAGAGACGAAGAUGGCGAAAGCGAACACUGGGAGAGAAGAGAAGUCGAAAUGCCCAAUGACGCUCAGUGAACAGAUUCGGUUGCGACAGAUGCUCCGACAAAGGUUUCCAAAACGGCCUUGGAUCGACGUCAUUGCCAAGGCUGACGAACUGACUCUGUACCAGCUGGAAUCCGCAAAGGCGAUGCUCCCGCCGUGUCUCCUCCUUUCCACUCACCAGUCUGCCGACUCGUUGGCGCAAGUGCAGCGCCACCUGCGUCUCGCCCUCCUGCAGCUGAAGCGGGCCAUGGAAGACAGAGAGAGGCUGCUGCGCAUGCGCCAGACUCAGGAGCAACGCGAGCGAGAACUUCGGCGAAAAGCAGAGGACGACAUGCAUGUACAGACAGUGCUGAGCAGACUAAACCGCAGAAAAGGGCACAAAGGAAACAGCGCAAACAAAGCAGGCGACGGAGCGCCCGCGCGUCUUUGA